UGUUUUUCUCUGUGAACAUAGAGUUUCCUUGAGCAGAGUGUUGUCCUUGACAAACUUUUUUAAAUUUCAAAAAUUGACUUCUCUUUUUGUAUAAUAUCAAUGGAUGGUGGUUUCCCAUGUAUUGACUUGUUUGUUGGUUGGAGGACAAGCAUAAAUUCUACUAUCAAAUUUAGUUAUUGCCAGAAUUUUCCUUUGCAUCAAAAUUGGUAUAAAAGCCAACUAGCUUAUGGAAAACUGAUCUCAUCCCUUCCUCAACCCUCCUGAGAUCCAUUCGAAAUUAGGGUGCAUAUAAAGGUUUUCCUCCUUUUCUGAUGACGAGUCUCAAAAUAUAUUGCUUGGAACAUUUUCGAUCUUCCUUCAUCUGUGAGGUUAGUAGUACUCUAACUUCUAGUUUAUUAUUUUUUGGAUGAUUGAGUAAUGCUCGUAGAAUAGAUUAUUGAAUCUGUAGGUAAAACAUUGAUAUUUGUGUUUGUUGUUUUGGAAAUAAAUUUUUGAUGUUGAAUCUGUAGUUUUUUCAUCAUCCCUGUGUGUGCAUUUCACCUUCCAAUUGCUGAACUAUGUGAUUGAGUAAUGCUCGUAUGCCAUCUUUUUUUUUUCUUGUGUUACAUCUCCCUUUUUAUAUUGGGUUGUGCUACAAAUUAAGCAAUUGGAAUAUGCCAAUAAAUGGUUGUAGAAUAUGCCCAGUGCUGAUUGUUCAGUUGUGAAAUUAGUAUUAUUUUGUGGAUGGCAAAAUAAAUUACUUUGGUGUUGGUUUUUUUAUAUUAAUUGUUCUGGAAUAAAACACUUUUUCUCUUGAACUAUUAUAUUACUUGUUUGGAUCUUGAAUAAUUUCUCUGUCUUUCUUAAGUGUUUCAUACCGACAAUUUAAUUUUCAUUUGUAUUAAAAUCAUGACGUACAAUCGUUAUACUAUUUGGCUCGAUGUUCAUAGAAGAUGUUAAUUAAAAGAUAAUGUUGGGCCUGAUUUUUGUUAUUUAAUUUGCAUAGAGGUGCUAAUUUUUAUUAUUUGCUAAUCUAGUAAUGUUGGGGCGGUACCAUUUUUUCGUCAAAAAUUAAAUCUGCAGUUUUUGUAGUUUAGUUUGCUUUUUUAAUUUCUUGCACUUUUUUGUGGGUUAUUUGACAAAACUAUGAAAGAAUGUAUAAACAAAUAUUUAAAGUUUGUAUUAUAAUAGUUGUAAUGGCCGAAAGGGUGACAUGGUCCAACGAUAUUACCGAAAUAUUUUUGGAUAUAUGCAUUGAGUUCAAAGUGGGUGUGUUCUCCAAGGUGAACAAGGGUAAAAUAGUGGUUAAUCUAAACAUGAAAAGUGGGAAGAAUUUCAAUGCGAAACAACUAAGAAAUCAUUGGAUGAUUCACGCAAAAAAAAUUUAAGAUUUGGAAUGAAAUGGAACUCAAAUGGACUGGACUUGGAUUUGUUCCUAUUACUGGUUGCCCACAAGUUGAACAAGAUGACAGAUGCAAAGUGUUUGUAACGAAACAUAAGGGGAUACCUGCGAGAUUCAUUAAAAGGCCUUUACCCCAUUUAGACUUAUUACGAAAACUUUUUUUAGGGUCAUUUGCUACUAGCAAGUGGAGUUUUUCUCUAGCAUUGGAGGAGGGGCAACUUAGUGGAGAUAAUAAUGAAGGCUCGGGUGAUAGUGAUGACCAUGAUGGGAGCAUGGAUGUAAACAAUGACAAUUGCGAAAAUGAUGCACAGAGUGUAUCCCCUCCUAGAAGUACCUCAAAGGGUAAACGUAAGAGUCAUGGAUGCAAUAGUGCAGGCAAAAAAAGUAAAACGAUUAGCAUUGAUUCUUGUUUAGAGUUGCUAAGAAUGUCUAUCCAAACUGGUUCCAUGUAGAUGGUUGGAAAUAAAUAUGAAAAAGUCUCAGACGCUCUAUAUAAAAUUGAAGGAGUUGUUGAAUAAGGUGAAGGGUUUAUAUACCAGUAUAUGCAGUUCUUGCAUCAAGGAGAUAAUGCUGCAUUUUCUUGGGACUUCGCUCCAAUGAGUGGAAACUCAUGUUCUUGAGAACGGCAUUUGCAUGUCCUUCUAAUGAAGCUUAUAUCCCUCAUCCUUAUGAUAAAUCUACUUGAAGUGUCGAGUUUAACCUUAUUUUGCGUUUGGAUUUUUAAUGAGUUAUCUCUACUAUCUAGUAUUAUGACGUAUUAUGCUAGUAUUAAUUUAGGUACUAUAGAGCUACU